GUUUGAAACUGGCUAGCAGCAUUUUCCAACCGACGGAAUAACUUCGUGGAUACGUGUCGAAACUUUCCGACAAACAUCAAAUGAAACAGAUGUCGUCAGACGAAGAGGAACCAACCAGUCCUGUUCUUCCCAGGGACUCUGAUCCAGGCAGCUCUGUUUCCUCUGAGCUUCAGGAUGAGUAUGAGGAGCUUCUCCGCUACGCUGUGGUCACCCCUAAGCUUGAGACACUUACAGCUGCUCACAUUCAGCGGCUGAGCACCUCACAUCUCACUGGAGAGGGUUGGACUUCCCAGAGAAAAGAUGACACAAAAUCACAGCGCCCAGCAGAAACUGCCACUGGAACUAAGGGUGGGAGGGCGUCUAGCAAGACUGUGAGAUUAUCACCUGCCUCCCCCUUGAUUGUUGAGCCCCCCUCACACUCAAGAGCUUCUCAGGCUGAGGACAUGGAGGGUCGGCCAUCUAGCAGGGCAUCAGCGCUCUCAAACGCUCCGUCAGACAGGCUGCAGACUCCAACUGAGAGGUCUAGGUCAAACAGCCCAGACCCGCUCGAGGAAUCUGUGAUGGAGCUUUUUAUCUCAGAGGAGAACAUAAGCAAGAUGGAGAACAUUCUGGCAAUGUGGAGCAACAACCUGAAGUUAGAUGUACUGACUGAGCUCAGGAAGUGGAAGCUGGCAUUCAAGGAGCAACACAAGCUGGAGAUGAGGAAAGAGAGGGAGAAGUAUGCUGCCCAGACAGCUGGCCUCAAGUCCGAGCUAGACAGCCUAAAGGGACUGCUACAAACCUACGAGACCUCCAACCAGAGAAAAGAUGAGGUGAUUGUAAACCUGAGCCAGGUGUUGGACAGACAAAAAGAAAGGCUUGAAAAGAUGAGGGCUUUCACCCACUGGAGACUUCAGCAUGCUGAGGCUAAAGAAGAGGCUCAUGCUGCUCAAGCUGCACAGCAGCACUACAACAUGCAGCUGAAGAAGAAGGUGUGGUUAGGCUGGCACUCUCUGCUCCAGAAACAUUGGAAGGUCAAUCUGGAGCGGGCCUGCCGUGCGAGGGCUGAAGAGGUCUGCACCCGCCUGUCUGCAGAGUACGAGGCCAAGCUGGCAGAGCACUGUGAUGCUAUAGAGAAAGCCCAGGCAGAGAUUCAGAGACUACGACUUGAGAGGGAGCGCUACGAGGAAUCUAUGAAGAAAGCCUUCAUGAGGGGCGUCUGUGCUCUCAACAUUGAGGCUCUGGGAAUGUUCCACAGUACAGAGGGACGGCCAGAGCCCCCUCCAGUUCAUCAUCAGCAUGAUAUUCUAACUCCCCAUGAUGAGCCAAGCUCUUCGUCGGUGGCUCAACUUCAACCGCGUCCCGUCUCGUCCACACGGUUCAGCCCAGUCCCCUUUGACCAUCCAGACCCCUCCCACAGUGAAGUGCCGGAUAUGGUUGGCUCUGGUGCUUCCAUGUCCAGAGAAGAAGUACUCCUUCCCACUACUGUGGUGCACGGCUCAUUACCACUAGGAGGCGCUGCAGGUUCCCAUAAACAUGUCAGUGGUCGUGUUGUCACAGCCAGUCAACAAAAACCGUCCAAGACGGUAACCGCUCGCAUUACUGCACGUGCUGACGUUGCUAAGACCGCACGUAGCAACCUCCAGGUGAUGGGUGUGGCUCCGCCCAUGAGCUCUGUGAUUGUUGAACGCCAUCACCCUGUUACACAGCUCACAGUCGGUCAGGCUACUGCUGCAAAGUUUCCUCGCUCAUCCAAACCCGGCCACAGCUCCUCCAGAGACAGAAGCUCCUCGAAAACACACACCAGCACAUGCCAUGUUCACUCCAUCAAAGUAGUUGACUGAGUACGCAGACAAUUCUUUAAAAAUGUUGCUCUCCUAGUCUAGAUAUAAAAUCAAAUGCAUCCUGGGAAAAAUCUUAGAAGUAGUUAUUUUGGGAUUAGUUUAAGUCAAUUUCUGGACAUGCUGAACUCAAUUUGCCCUUGCUCUCUACAUUUAAAGUGAUCAUUUGCCAUUGUUCAGCUUCCUUUCACAAAUGAAACAUUUCUCGAGCAAUAGGAUAUUUCUCAGGGAAAGAUAACAUAAACAUAGAGGUGCACGUUUAUGCUUUCAGUAUUACCAGCUGCACUAGUAAAUGUUAUUAAAUGGAAUUGUUUUAAAUUAUGCACAGCUGUGAAAUGUUCUGUAAUGUGUAAAAUCACAUUCAAUAUGUAUUUUUUUUAACUGACACCGAACGUCCAACAGAACAGAUCAUCUUUGAACUUAUCCAAAGCCAUAUGUAAAUGAUCUGAUGCACAUCUUUAUUUUAAAAAUAAAUUAUUUUACCAUUGA